AUGGAGCAAGAAGAUAUAGAAGGAGCAUCUUCAUCGUCAUCAUCACCACCAUCACUACCAAAACAUCCAUCGAAAAAGAUUUCCGAAGAUAAAUCCUUCCCAUGUUUGUUCUGUUCUAGAAAGUUCCAUAGCUCACAAGCUUUAGGUGGCCAUCAGAAUGCCCACAAGAAAGAGAGGAGUGCUGCUAGGAAAGCUAAGAGGGUUUCUGAUCAGUAUGCAAUGACCACUUGCUACUCUCAUUUCCCACCCCCUCUGGUUUUCGCUCCAAGCAACCAUCAUCAUCAUAUUGGCACCUUCUUCAGCCCUUCACUUUACAACCUCCCUGAUCAGCAUUUCGCAGAAGGGUUUGUUCCAAAUAAUCUUGUCCUCUACAAGGGAGGUCAUUUGGGUAGUUUCCGUGGCCAUCAUGAUGAUCAUAUGCAGAGCUUUGGCGACUGGCGGAUGCAGAAAGCUUCUCAACUUAGCAACGGGAAGAAUCAUGGAAUGGAAGCUGGAAGUGAUCAUGGUAAUUUGCAGAAGGGUGGUUACCAAAAUCUUGAUCUUUCUCUCCACUUAUAA